GAAUUUUGAGGAGUGUUUUUAGUGUUUUUCUGAAAUUGAUUGGACCCUUCGUUCCCUUUAGUUCUAAAAUAGGAGGGCAUAAGUUCGCCGGACCCUUUUUUUGAUAUACGCUUCAUAGGUGAAAAGUAGAACGAAAGGUGUUCUGGCAUGAACAACAUAAAUCGGUUUGCCAAGCUGGAUCCUCAACAGCAUAGGCAGCCGCCUCAAGCUCCGCCACAAGGAGGCCAACAACAACAACAACAAUAUUCACAGCAUCCAUUUCAACAAUUUAUAAGCGGUUCACAACAACACCAACAACCUCAGCAACAACAAGUUUCGUCAUAUCAACACCAACAACACCAAACAAUGCAAAUUCCACAGCAACAACAACAGCAGCAGCAAAUGACUUCUAUUGAUCAACAAGCAGUUUUGAGUAUAUUAGAAGCCUUAACGGUUAAUGAAUCUGGUGGAAUGCCGCCUACUUUUGUCCCACAAAUGACAGGAAUGAUUGGUGGUGGACCUUUUGGUGGAGGUAUUACUGGAGGUGUUUCUUCCCAAUUUUCUUUGGGCUCACAAUCAGUGCAGCAAGGUGCUCCACCAUUUUCGCAGCAGCCACCUCAGUACCCUGAAUCUUCAUUUUUCAUGCCACCACACCUCUUAUCCUCAGGAAGUCAGAUGGUCCAUGGUAGUGGGGGCAUAAGUAGUGGUGGAGGAGGUUCUGCAUUUACUAGUGCUACAACUCCAAUGCUUUAUGAACGUCAACCACAGCAGCCUCAGCAACAACAACAACCACAGCAACAACCAUCCACAAUAUCUUCUCAACAAGGACAACAAAUCGCAUUGGCUGCUACAACAGAAAUAAGUGGAGGAGGAAUGCACCAACCACCUCCUGGACAACAACCACCAAUAGGACAACAACAGCAACAACAAAGAUCUUUAGUUCCAGUGCAGCAUGGUCAAUUAUCUUUACCUCCUUCAACAAUACAAUUUCAAUGUCCACCACGUCCAAAUCAUGGAACUGAAGGACGUCCAAUUCUUUUGCGUGCUAAUCACUUCAAAGUUACUAAUUCUGGUGGUUAUGUCCAUUUUUAUGCUGUUGAAAUUCAACCAGACAAAUGCCCACGUAAAGUCAACAGAGAAAUUAUAAAUACAAUGGUCGAUUCAUGUAAAUUAUUUAAUAAUUUCAAACCUGUAUAUGAUGGAAAAAAGAAUUUAUAUACAAAAGAAGCUUUGCCUUUUGGACAAGAAAGAGUUGAAUUGGAUGUUGUUAUGCCUGGUGAUUCUGCUGUUGAUAGAAAAUUUAGAGUUGCUUUAAAGUUAGUAAGCCGUGUUUCUUUACAAGCUUUGGAAGAUGCGAUGGCCGGCCGUAUAAGACAAAUCCCACCAGAAUCGGUUCAAGCAAUGGAUGUCAUUCUUCGACAUCUUCCCAGCAUGAAAUAUACUCCAGUUGGUCGCUCAUUUUUCUCUUCGCCUCCAGUAGCUUUAGGCGCUCAACAUAUCACCGUUUCUGGUGGUCCUGGAGGCGGUGGAGGUGGUGGAGGAGGAGGAGGAGGUCCUCAAGGUGUUGAUAAACUUGGUGGACUUGGUGGUGGAAGAGAAGUUUGGUUUGGAUUUCACCAAAGUGUACGACCAAGCCAGUGGAAAAUGAUGCUCAAUAUUGACGUUUCUGCAACUGCCUUUUAUCGUAAAAUGCCUGUGAUAAAUUUUAUGGCUGAAGUUUUGGAAUUACCAAUGCAGGCACUUAAUGAUAGAAGAAAUUUAUCUGAUCCUCAACGUGUUAAAUUUACAAAAGAAAUAAGAGGACUCAAAAUUGAAAUUACUCAUUGUGGACAAAUGAGAAGAAAAUAUCGUGUUUGUAAUGUUACUAGAAAACCAGCUCAAUCACAAACAUUUCCUUUAUUACUUGAAAAUGGUUUAUCUAUUGACUGUACUGUUCUCAAAUAUUUUAAUGACAAAUAUCACAUGCAAUUAAAAUAUCCACACCUUCCCUGUUUACAAGUUGGCCAAGAACAAAAACAUACUUAUUUACCUUUGGAAGUUUGUGAAAUUGUUUCUGGACAACGUUGUAUUAAAAAAUUGUCUGAUACUCAAACGUCUACAAUGAUUAAGGUCACAGCACGUAAUGCUCCAGAUAGAGAAAAGGAAAUUUCUGCACUUGUUAGACGUGCUGAAAUUGUUCAUGAUCCUUUUGCUCAGGAAUUUGGAAUUUCAAUUAAUUUUACUAUGACAGAAGUUAAAGGACGUGUUUUAAAUGCCCCAAAACUUUUGUAUGGAGGAAGAACAAAAGCUACAGCAUUACCAAAUCAAGGAGUUUGGGAUAUGCGAGGAAAACAAUUUCAUACAGGUAUUGAAGUUAAGACUUGGGCAAUUGCUUGUUUUGCACAACAAAAUCAUGUUAAAGAAAAUGAUCUCAGAAAUUUCACUGGCCAUUUACAAAAAAUUUCCGCAGAUGCAGGAAUGCCAAUUCAAGGUCAACCCUGUUUUUGCAAAUAUGCUGUAGGUGUUGAUCAAGUUGAACCAAUGUUUAAAUACUUGAAACAAAAUUUUCCUGGAUUACAAUUAGUUUGUGUUGUACUUCCUGGCAAAACUCCUGUUUAUGCUGAAGUUAAACGUGUUGGAGACACAGUUUUGGGUAUAGCUACACAAUGUGUUCAAGCAAAAAAUGUUACAAAAACAACUCCACAAACUCUUUCAAAUUUAUGCCUAAAAAUGAAUGUUAAACUUGGUGGUGUUAACAGUAUUUUACUUCCUGCCGUCCGUCCACGUAUCUUUAAUGAACCAAUAAUAUUUCUUGGUGCUGACAUAACACAUCCACCUGCAGGGGAUUCUCGUAAGCCUUCAAUUGCUGGUGUUGUUGGAAGUAUGGAUGCACAUCCUUCACGUUAUGCUGCAACAGUUAGAGUACAACAACAUAGACAUGAAAUAAUUUCUGAACUUACAUUUAUGGUUAGAGAACUGUUAAUUCAAUUUUAUCGAAAUACCCGGUUUAAACCUACCAGAAUUAUUGUUUAUCGUGAUGGUGUUAGUGAAGGACAAUUUCUUAAUGUUCUUCAAAGCGAACUUCGUUCAAUGCGUGAAGCUUGUAUGAUGCUUGAAAGAGGAUACCAACCAGGAAUAACAUUUAUUGCUUUACAAAAGCGACAUCAUACGAGACUUUUUGCUGUUGAUAAAAAAGAUCAAGUCGGCAAAGCUUUCAAUAUCCCUCCUGGUACAACUGUGGAUGUUGGUAUUACACAUCCAACAGAAUUUGAUUUUUAUUUGUGUUCUCAUGCUGGAAUUCAGGUUUUAUUUCUUAAAAUUAGAAGGACUUUGCGUUGGGGAACUUCACGUCCUUCACAUUAUCAUGUUCUUUGGGAUGACAAUAACCUUUCUGCGGAUGAACUUCAACAACUUACUUACCAACUUUGCCAUACUUAUGUUCGCUGUACGCGAUCAGUUUCUGUACCGGCGCCUGCUUAUUAUGCUCAUUUGGUUGCUUUUAGAGCUCGUUAUCAUUUGGUUGAUAGAGAACAUGACAGCGGUGAAGGAAGUCAACCUUCUGGAACUAGUGAAGAUACAACUUUGAGUAAUAUGGCUAGAGCUGUACAGGUUCAUCCUGAUGCUAAUUCGGUGAUGUACUUUGCGUGA